GUAGCUGAAGUUGCCAUGUUGCUGAAGUUGCCGUGUGUCCAACAGGCUCGCCUAGCGAAGCGCGACAGGAAGCUGGUGGACUUUGACAGCGCCCGCCAUCACUUCGCCUCCUUGCAGAAAGGGAAGAAGAAGGACGAGGCCAAGAUCGCCAAGGCGGAGGAGGAACUGGGCCGGGCUCAGAGGAUCUUUGAGGAGCUGAACGUGGAGCUGCAGGAUGAGCUCCCGGUUCUGUGGGACAGUCGUGUUGGCGUCUAUGUUGGCACAUUCCAGAGCCUGGCAGGACAUCAGGAGAAGUUCCACAGAGAGAUGAGCAAGCUGAGCCACAACCUGAACGACAUCAUGACCAAACUGGAGGAGCAGCAGCAGCUCAAAAAAGACGCCACUGCAGCCGCAAAGAAAGGCGGCUCAAAGAGUGAGGAAGCCAACCACAGCCAGGCCAGCAGCCCGGCUCCAAAGAAGCCCGGCCCGCCGCCCAGCCGGCCUCCUCCCAGACUCUCACCGUCUCCAGACCCAAAGCAGCAGAUCGCCGCCCUGCUGGAGGACGAGGCUGCAGCUCCAGACUCUGACUCAGACCCGACCAGCACAACGCAGCAGAGCUCUGUGACCAACGGCGCUGAUGCUGAACUUCCUCCAGGGUUCCUCUACAAGGUGAAGGCAGUGCACGAGUACACGGCAACGGACAACGACGAGCUGGAGCUGAAGGUCGGAGACGCCGUCCUGGUUUUGGCUUUUGAUAACCCUGAGGAACAGGACGACGGCUGGCUGCUGGGCGUCAAGGAGGCUCACUGGUUCCUCAAGAAAGAUAUUUCAGCCAAAGGGGUUUUCCCUGAGAACUUCACCCAGAAGGUCUGAUGGUGGCGCUGCAGCUCAUCCCCAACCUGAAGCUCCUCUUCAUCCCUGAUGUCAGCGGUUAGCUCUGAAAGCUACAUCAUGGCAAACAGCGAUGGAGACCAGUGCCUGUCCACACCUUUCUGCAAGCCUCUAGCUCUUCUUCUGCAAGUUUCAACAACUUUUUAGUAAAUUUGUUCAAGAAAAUGAAAAUAAACAGAUGUAAUAAAGAA